CCUGGAAAGUUCCAUGUGCCACAGGUGUGGCCCUAAAGAGACAAAAGCAAGAAGAAAGAAAGACAGAAAAGCUGGAUUCAUUAGCAGCUGCUCCCUAUUCUUCUCUGUCUCCUGGCAACCACCAAUCUCUGUCUGUCUCUAGAGAUUUGCCUGUGCUGGAUAUUUCAUGUAAACGCAAUCACACAAUAGGUGGCCUUUUGUGUCUCACUUACUUUCCUCUCCUUCAUGUUUUUAAGAUUCCUCUGUGCUGUAGUGUGUGUCCUUUUUAUGGCUUUAUUAUAGUCCAUUAUAUGGAAGAACCACAUUUUUCUUUAUCCAUUUUGCUCCUAAGGGACAUUUGGGUGGGUUCCACCUUUUUGGCUAGAGUGAGUAUUGCUGCUGUGAACCAUCACGAGCAAGCUUUUGUUUGACCACCUGUUUUCAUCUCUUUUGGGGCCAUGCCUGGGAGUGGAAUUGCUGGGUCACGUGAUCCUUCAACACGGAACUGACUGAGGAGCCACCAAACUCUCUCCACAGCGGUUGCGCCAUUUGAUGUUCCUGCCAGCAACACACGGUUCCAAUUUCUCCACAUUCUCGCCAACACUUGUUUUCCAUGUUUUGAUCUCAGCCAUCCUAGUGGGUGUGAGGUGGAAUCUGACCUGCUACUGUUCGCCCACCUCCUCUCCCCUCCUACGGGUCCGGCCUCUGGUUCACUGGGUUGGGUGCAGGCAGCCUGGAAACAGAGGCCCAGUGCUGAGUGGCUCCAAGGACCUGCCAUCCCGGGGACCCCUUCCCAGGUGUGAGAGCUGAAAACCCUGCGUGGGGGAGUCCGAGGUGCAGAAGGUAAGGCUGGCCUCUCAGGGGCGGCGGUCCAAGGGCAGAGCCAGGCUGUCUGAGUCCAAAGGGGGAUGAGGUGUGAAUACCAAGCGUCUGGGGGGGUUGUCUAGGCUUGAAAGGAGAGGUUUGGGGGAAGGCAGAGACAGCGAGGGACAGGCGAGUUCCAGAGAAGGCUCUUGGCUUCUGCCAGGGGUGUGGAAUAAACCAAACAGGAACUCGCUUUGGUGCAGGCUAAUUCUCAUUCCAGCAAUGCCAGUGUUUACAGCAGGCACCCCCCCACCCCCGGCCCUGCCAUUUCCUUGGCGAUCAGAACGGCUGUCCCUGCAGCACGGGGCAUGUUCACGCAUGGGCUCCCGUAAUCCCACAGCGGCCCUCUGAUGCAGGCACGGUCAUUGCCCGGCUUUAAAGAAGAGGAAAUGGAGGCACACAGAGAGGUCACGGGCCUCGCCCAGGAUCGCCCCUCCGGGAAAUGGCUCAGAGCCAGGACCGCGAGGCGCACACUUUGCAGUCAUGCCAUCCGGCUUGAAGCUGCAUGUCCCGGCCUGGGACUUGGGAUAACAGGUUCCUAGAGGAAGCUCCCCAGCGCGGGGGCGGGGGGCCACCUUCGUAAGGAGGACCUGUGUCUGAUGUUGCCGCCUCUGGCCAGUCCCAUGCAUGGCCUUUAUCCCAGCUUGAUAACAGGAGGAUGGCGGGUGUGGAUUUGCCAAGGACCAGAGCUCACUCUUGGCUCUUUUGCUGCUAGCGCCUCUGACUCUCAGUCUCCCUCAUCAGGGAAAUGGGUGCACAGCUGGCCCACAGGUGCUUUUGUUUGUCACCAUCUGCCUUAUCCUGCAUGGAGUGACCCCGGCCAAGACCAGCCUCUGGAGCACCUUAGGUUUUGAGGUGGAGGUGACAGCCAAGGGGGUCUCAAGUCCCCAGGCUGGUGUCCCACUGCCUCCACUGGAGCCUGGCAGAGCAGGCUGCUGCGUCGUAACUUUCUAGCGGGCAGCUCAUUGCUCAGCUGGGGACCGGGCAGGACGCUGCUCACGACCACUGGGGCAGGAGGCCAAGGCAGAGGCAGGGUCCUCGGUGCAGCCAGAGGCUCCGGCAGCCUCCAUUCUCCUGCUCUGGAGGGGCUGCAGGUGCCUCCCCAGGGCGCAGCUUCCCCACUGCCCUGAGUUAGGAGGGCGCUCAGGGAUCCCGCCCCAGCUCUAGACCCCUGUGCCCAAGCGAAAGGUCUGUUUCCUGCCUUGAAGGUGGCACAGUGACAUCCACGGAGCUGUGGCUGGGAGGGGAAGGAGAGGUCUACCAAAGCUGGCUAUGGCACUUUGUGUGCGGAGAGCGAAUAAAAACGUGUCUGUCUUCUGUCUGCCCACCCAGCCGGGAGGAAGCCUCCUAAGUAAACACCUGCCCCCACCCCACUUUCUUUUCUGAGGAGGAAUCUCUUUCCGUCCCCAGGGAGGGCGCGGGCAAGGUGAGAGGAUGCGGCCGACGCACUAUGUUGCGUGGAGGUCGCUGCACAGAGACCGCGGCGGCAGCUCUUCUAAUGUCGCCCACGCCACGGAGGCGGCUGGAGCCCAGAAUGGUUCUCAGGGGUCCCCGGCGCCGGGCGCACAGCCAGGGGGCACCCGGGGAGGAUCCAGAACCCCAGCCCGAGGCCUGCUGACCUCGGUGGCCGCGGGCCCGAGCGGCGCGGCCAUGGGCCGAGGGGUGCGCGUGCUGCUGCUGCUGGGCCUGCUGCACUGGGCCGGGGGCGGCGAGGGCAGGAAGACCUGGCGGCGCCGCGGCCAGCAGCCGCCCCCGCCGCCCCCGCCGCGGGCCGAGGUGGCGCCCGCGGCGGGGCAGCCGGUGGAGAGCUUCCCGCUGGACUUCACGGCCGUGGAGGGCAACAUGGACAGCUUCAUGGCGCAGGUCAAGAGCCUGGCGCAGUCCCUGUACCCCUGCUCGGCGCAGCAGCUCAACGAGGACCUGCGCCUGCACCUCCUGCUCAACACGUCGGUGACCUGCAACGACGGCAGCCCGGCGGGCUACUACCUGAAGGAAUCCAAGGGCAGCCGGCGGUGGCUGCUCUUUCUGGAAGGAGGCUGGUACUGCUUCAACCGGGAAAACUGCGACUCCCGAUACGACACCGUGCGGCGCCUCAUGAGUUCCAAAGACUGGCCUCGCACCCGCACAGGCACGGGGAUCCUGUCCUCCCAGCCAGAGGAGAACCCGCACUGGUGGAACGCCAACAUGGUCUUCAUCCCCUACUGCUCCAGUGACGUCUGGAGUGGGGCUUCGUCCAAGUCUGAGAAGAACGAGUACGCCUUCAUGGGCGCCCUCAUCAUCCAGGAGGUGGUACGAGAGCUCCUGGGCAAAGGGCUGAGUGGGGCCAAGGUGCUGCUGCUGGCCGGGAGCAGCGCGGGGGGCACGGGGGUGCUACUGAACGUGGACCGCGUGGCCGAGCAGCUGGAGGAGCUGGGCUACACCGCCAUCCAGGUGCGGGGCCUGGCCGACUCGGGCUGGUUCCUGGACAACAAGCAGUACCGCCGCACCGACUGCAUCGACACCAUCACCUGCGCGCCCACGGAGGCCAUCCGCCGGGGCAUCAGGUACUGGAACGGGGUGGUCCCAGAGCGCUGUCGGCGCCAGUUCAAGGAGGGCGAGGAGUGGAACUGCUUCUUUGGCUACAAAGUCUUCCCAACCCUGCGCUGCCCGGUGUUCGUGGUGCAGUGGCUGUUUGACGAGGCCCAGCUGACAGUGGACAACGUGCACCUCACGGGGCAGCCGGUACAGGAGGGCCAGUGGCUGUACAUCCAGAACCUGGGCCGAGAGCUGCGGAACACGCUCAAGGAUGUGCCGGCCAGCUUUGCCCCCGCCUGCCUCUCCCACGAGAUCAUCAUCCGAAGCCACUGGACGGACGUCCAGGUCAAGGGGACCUCGCUGCCCCGGGCACUGCACUGCUGGGACAGGAGCCUCCACGACAGCCACAAGGCCAGCAAGGCCCCCCUGAAGGGCUGCCCCGUCCACCUGGUGGACAGCUGCCCCUGGCCCCACUGCAACCCCUCCUGCCCCACCAUCCGGGACCAGCUCACGGGGCAGGAGAUGAACGUGGCCCAGUUCCUCAUGCACAUGGGCUUCGACGUGCAGACGGUGGCCCAGCAGCAGGGCCUGGAGCCCAGUAAACUGCUGGGGAUGCUGAGCAGCGGGAGCUAGGGCCUCCCCAGGCCCCUCCCCUCCAGGCCCUCCUGCCCUCCCAGGACCACAGGCUCUGGCUGUCCCCCCCACCCCCGGGUCUGGAUGGCCUCCCGGCAGCCCUCACCGCCUCUCUGCCCCGGCCUCCCAGAGGCCCAGCCGGAGACCCAGCUGUGGCCCUGGGACCCUCCCCCCGCCCCUCCUCCUCUGCCUCCAGCCCGUGGUGGGAGCCAGAAGCACUGGACUCCUCAGCCCCCGGCCCGGCUCCCGGCCUCCCCUGCCCUUUUGUAUUAUUUUAUAAAGUGACUUUUUUAUUACUUUAAUUUUUUAAAAAAGAAAAUUAAGCAAGAAAUAUAUGGUGAAUGAUAUUGUUUUGUAACAUAUUUUUUUUAAAUAAUGAAAAAAAAGUUAACAAAGAGCCUCA